CGGCUCCCUCCAACCCACUCGGCCCCGGGAUGGCGACCAAGGUGCAGCUGCGGCCUCCCCCACCCCCGCCCCCACCCCUGGGCACCACGGCCGGGGUCCGCGAGCACAUCUGUGCGGUCACCAGGAACUACACCACCAGCCCCAGGCUGACGUACCAGACCGUGAGCGGAGUCAACGGGCCGCUGGUGGUGCUGGACAACGUCAAGUUCGCCCAGUACGCGGAGAUCGUCAACUUCACGCUCCCCAACGGCACGGCCAGGAGCGGGCAGGUGCUGGAAGUGGUGGGGUCCAAAGCCAUCGUCCAGGUAUUCGAAGGCACAUCUGGGAUCGAUGCCAAGCAGACCUCCUGCGAGUUCAUGGGGGACAUCCUGCGUACGCCUGUUUCCGAGGACAUGCUGGGUCGGGUGUUCAAUGGUUCGGCCAAGCCCAUCGACAAAGGCCCCACUGUCAUGGCUGAGGACUUCCUGGAUAUUAAUGGGCAGCCCAUCAACCCCCAUGGCCGCAUCUACCCUGAGGAGAUGAUCCAGACAGGCAUCUCGCCUAUCGACGUCAUGAACAGCAUCGCCAGAGGCCAGAAGAUCCCUAUCUUCUCCGCAGCCGGCCUCCCACACAAUGAGAUUGCUGCACAGAUCUGCCGGCAGGCCGGGCUGGUGAAGAAGUCCAAGGACGUGAUGGAUUACCAUGAGGAGAGCUUUGCCAUUGUCUUCGCCGCCAUGGGUGUGAACAUGGAGACUGCCCGCUUCUUCAAGUCGGACUUCGAAGAGAACGGCUCCAUGGAAAACGUCUGCCUCUUCCUCAACCUGGCCAACGACCCCACGAUCGAGCGUAUCAUCACCCCCCGCCUGGCCCUCACCACGGCCGAGUUCCUGGCCUACCAGUGCGAGAAGCACGUCCUGGUGAUCCUCACGGACAUGAGCUCCUACGCCGAGGCCCUGCGGGAGGUAUCGGCCGCCAGAGAGGAGGUGCCCGGGCGCAGAGGCUUCCCCGGCUACAUGUACACGGACCUGGCCACCAUCUACGAGCGGGCAGGGCGCGUGGAGGGACGAAACGGCUCCAUCACCCAGAUUCCCAUCCUGACCAUGCCCAACGACGACAUCACCCACCCCAUCCCUGACCUGACGGGCUUCAUCACUGAAGGGCAGAUCUAUGUGGACCGGCAGCUGCACAACCGACAGAUCUACCCCCCAAUUAACGUCCUGCCCUCUCUGUCCCGGCUGAUGAAGUCGGCCAUCGGGGAGGGCAUGACCAGGAAGGAUCACGGUGACGUUUCCAACCAGCUGUACGCGUGCUAUGCCAUCGGGAAGGACGUGCAGGCCAUGAAGGCGGUGGUGGGCGAGGAGGCGCUCUCGUCCGACGACCUGCUCUACCUGGAGUUUCUGCAGAAGUUCGAGAAGCAGUUCAUCGCCCAGGGUCCCUACGACAACCGCACCGUCUUCGAGUCGCUGGACAUCGGCUGGCAGCUGCUGCGCAUCUUCCCCAAGGAGCUGCUCAAGCGCAUCCCCGAGAGCAUCCUGGCCGAGUACUACCCACGGGAGGGCCGGGGGCCGGGCUCACAGCAGACCGACACUGCCCUGUGAUGCCUGCCCGGCCCCAGGGUGCAGGUGGGGGUACCGAGGCACCCGGCAACGUCCCCGGGGAGCACGCUGAUGUGAAGAAACCACCUGAUUUUUGCCGGAGUGGGUCGUUCCCGGGUUCCCAAGUGGGUGGGUGGGAGGCAGGGGUGGAUCCAGAGGGGUGCAAGCGCACCCUGCUUUGAUUCCUGCUCUACCCAAACUUUGAAGCCUGGGAGAAAAAGCAGCCAGGGAGUCAAGUGCCUUCAUGGCUCUUUAUGAUUCCUGCUAAUCUCUUCACUCGGUGAAUGACCCUCUCUCCUUUAUAAUGCCUUGAUGUGUAUCCCUGUUCAACCUCUCCUUUCUUCUGCAGCUUUGCAGUCUCUUAGCCAUGCCUGGGAAUGUCUCUCUUCUCUUCCCCAGCCCUGCAAUCUGCUUUUAGCUCUAGCUAAAAACCUUCCCUUCAUCAUAUUAAAGUCAGGUGUAGAAAUGACUGACAGUGGCACACUGGAGGCACUGUCAAGACAUUCAAAACAGUGAGAAUUUGUUCUGUGAAUCUGAAUAAGAGACAUACAAUCAGCUAUGAUAAUUAUAGACUAGUGAUACAAUA